UGACGUUGUUUUGUGACGUGUGUGCGCACGGCCUGCCUGGGAGUUCUCACUGGGCCCGCGCGAGCCGCAGAGCGAGCGCUGUCUGUUAGUGGCCGGUUGGUGGGAAGUGUCCAUGGCCUUGACCAUGUCCAUGGCCCGAGCUGUUCUCCGGCUCGUGUUCCGAGGAGCUGCUGUCGGGCCAAUUGCCUGUUUCCCUUCCAGGUGGUUGUCUGGGCCCUGGAGUCACUGUCAUUCCAGAUCUGUAAGGGCAAUGUCAUCAAGAAGAAAAAUAAGCCAUCUUGAAAGGACAGUCAACAAUUUCCGUCAAGAGAUGAUUGCUGAAGCAAAAGUCUGUGGAAUAGUUCAGGAAUCUGAAACAGUUAAAAGACUACGCCUUGUCGUCAUGAACAAAGAUUUUGCUUUCAAAGCAGGACAGUGGGUAGAUUUCUUUAUACCUGGCAUUUCACAAGUUGGUGGCUUUUCUAUCUGUUCAAGUCCGGGACUGUUGGAGAGGGAGAGUGUAUUGGAAUUGGCAGUAAAAUACAGUGAACAUCUGCCUGCCCACUGGAUUCAUACUCAGUGCGAUGUUGGCUCAGAAGUAACUCUUCGUGUAGGAGGUGAUUUCUUCUUUGACCCUCAGCCUUCUGACACUCCGGUGAGCCUGUUGUUGGUUGCAGGUGGAGUGGGCAUUAAUCCCUUGUAUUCCAUACUGUUGCAUGUCGUAGAUCUCCACAGAAUGCAAGGAAGCAAGCCUUGUAAAUACAAACCAGGAUCAGUGCAGCUGUACUAUAGCGCCAAAAACACAGAUGAACUUCUUUUCAAGAGAAGCAUCAUAAACCUGGCUGAAGAAUUUUCUGGAAAAAUCAACUGUAAUUUUCAUGUGACACAACAAAGUUUUGAAAUAUCUGGAAAUAUGCAACCUUAUGUGACUGCUGGAAGAAUAUCUGAAAGGACUCUAGCACAUGUAUCAAAGGAUAACCUCUGUUAUAUAUGUGGUCCACCUCCAAUGAUAGAGGCUGUUUCUCAACAGCUAGAAAAUCAUGGUGUUCCUAAAGAGAGUAUCAUUUUUGAAAAGUGGUGGUAGUGCAAGCUGAAAAAAGCAAUUCCCUCAACAUUAUCAUGUGUUCUGAUAAUCAGAGUUAUAACGUUACUCCAGCAUUGAAUAUCAAUCCCUGGUUGUUCUUUGAUUCCAGAACCACUAAAAAUGCUGGAAGCAGUACUCAAGGUUGGAAAUUGAGAUCAAUAUAAUUGGGUUUAAUGCUAUUCGUGCGGUGAAUUGUCUGUGGGAUUUUAAAUCAUGAAUAUUGCUGUUAAAUUCCUUUUGUGAAAUAUAUAAAAUCUUAAAAUAUCUAACAGUAAAA